AUGCGAUGCGUGUUGCGACAGGACCCAGCCCUCAGCACUCAGAUCCAGCCUGUCUGUUUCCCUCUCCCUUUGCCAGCAGGCAGCAUCUGCUCAUCAGCCCAUGGCUUGUCAACACUGCCUGCGGAAAAACAAGACCUGUCAGACAGACAAUCUUUGCAUGAUUUGCAGGGUUACUUACUUUGCGAUUUGUAAGAGAUUUGGCUUCUCUUUUUUAUUAUCUGCUAGGUAAACUGUACACACAGAGCUGCGAACUGUACAGACACACAGAGACAUCUCUUGUUGCGUUGAAUGGGGAUGGUACUUUCUGAACCCUUUGAGAAAUGUCAAGCCAGAAGCUGCCAUGUCACCACCUUUUUAUCUGGCCCUAUUGAUGUUCAUAUCGCCGCUAGCUGUACUUAUGUCAACCGACCCCACCAUCCUCCUCACCCUCCAUCCCCUCCCCUCCUCGUCCUCCUGAUCUCCUCUAUUUUCACUGCUGUCACGGCGGCGGUGGUUUUUCAGAUUUUUUCCCCGCUCUGUUUGAGGACCUCUGACUCUAUCCCGUCUCUCUCUGUGUGGUUUUCCGUUAGGUCUGAGCUCGCACGUUCCCCAAGCUGACAUUCCCGAGAUGGGAAGUCAUUGGAGGGUACGUGCCAGUGCGGCGACGUGUUCGUGUUCCAAGGGGCCUGCAGGGCCUGCCACGUAGUAAUGACGGUUUGUGUUUUAGUCUAAAUUAAAAAUAAAUAAAAAACACACACUUCUCAUUCUGACUAUCAGAGGUGAAAUACAGACGUGAGGAAAGAUGAUGUGUUUGGUUUUUGAGUAGCGUGUGGUUGUGUGUGAGCGUGAGAAAGAGAGGGGGGAGAGAGAAAGACUACACAAGUCCCUACACAUUUCACCAUCCUAAGACCGGGUAAGUCACUGUUGGUAAGUCACUUAUGGUUUCAUGAUACAGAUGUUUUCAUUUAAAGUAACAAAGGCACAACGUUAUAAUCGCAAGGCAAAUAUAAUCAGGUAAUCAAAUGUUGGGUUUAGAAAACAAGUGGGAGGCUAUGAUUCAACAGGUUAUAAAACACCCCCCACAGUUUCCAUGGUGAUAGUUGCCAGGAUAUCUCUUUGUGUCUUAAGGCUCCUGUAUGAAGGGAUACAGGUGAGCAGAUGGUGGCAGUGAGAUAUCAGUAUCAGAAUGCGUCCAAAAUGACACCCUAUUCCCUACAUAGUGCACUACUUUUGACCAGAGAAUAGGAUGCCAUUUCAGAUACAGCCUCAGUCUCUCCUGCUCUGCAGUCUGACACGUCUCUCUCUCUCUAUCUCUCGCACUCUCUAUCUCUCGCACUCUCUCUUUCUCUCUCUCCUGCAGCUCUGAUAGAGAAUGUCCACUCCUUCUACUCCAAUGGCCGCGAGGUUGGCGAGGGCAAGGCCAGCGAGCUGUCACUAUGGAGACCCCCACUCAACACCAUCACUGUCUCCAAGAAACGCAACUGGCUCCAGCAGAGCUCCGGGAGGCCGCAUCACACCACCCAGGACGACUCCCAGUGCAUUCUGGGAGCAGAAGAGGACAAUGGACAUGGACACGCACCCCGACCCCCUCCUAGUCCCUUCCCGGAGUACCUAAAACCCCCCGGACCGCCGCCCUCCCGGCCCCUCCGCCUGCACCAACCCCAGGUGAGCAUGUGCCACGCCCGCGUUGGGCCCCAGCCCAGGGGUGUGGACCCGGCCGAGGAGAAUGAUGCGGACGACGAGGGGGAGAUCUGGUACAACCCCAUCCCUGAGGACGAAGAACCAGAGCUGCCUCACAUUUACAGACCCGCCGCCACCCCCCAGGUCAGACUGAUGGUCCCUACACGGCCUCAGGAGCCCCAGGCACCCCAGACCCAGAGGAGGCCCAGCCGGGGAGGGGGGGCCGGGCGGGCCCUGGAGGGCUGCAGCCCAGACCUGGAGGGUGUGGGGGAGAGCCUGGGUGGUGGAGGUGGAGAGGGGAGUCAGCAGGGGAAUGCUGUACAUUCCAUGGAGCCGUCAGUACAGCUGCACAGACAGAUGCUGCUCACGUGCAAACCUCAGGAGGAGGGGCCAUCCAGUUCCAGCAGAGCCACAGCUACAGGUAAAUAUCCUCUAGAACUCUCUGUCUAUCCAUCUCCCUCCUCCUAGUCUGACUCUCCUCCUAAUCUUCCAUCUCCCUCCUCCUAGUCUGACUCUCCUCCUAAUCUUCCAUCUCCCUCCUCCUAGUCUGACUCUCACUCUCUCUCUCUCUCUCUCUCUCUCUUCUAGACUACAUCUAUCCAUCUCCCUCCUCCUAGUCUUACUCUCCUCCUAAUCUAAUCUACUCUCGCUCUCUCUCUCUCUCUCUCUCUCUCUCUCUCUCUCUCUCUCUCUCUCUCUCUCUCUCUCUCUCUCUCUCUCUCUCUCUCUCUCUCUCUCUCUCUCUCCCUCUCUCUCUCUCUCUCUCUCUCUUUUCUAGACUACAUCUAUCCAUGUCUUUCUCUCUCUCCUUUUCUUUUACGAUCCCUUUCUCCUCUCUUUCUCUGUACUCACCUCUAGCUGUAACUUUACUUUCCAUACCUCAAUUUAGUGCCGGCGGCUGUCUGUCAGUCAAUCAGUCAUUCAAUCAGUCUUGAGACACACACACUCACACAUACCUCUCCUCUCUCUAAUCAUAUCUCUACAUAGUGGACUCAGUCAUUAGGCUAGCUAUACCCAGCCAGACAUUAGUUAGCCAGGAGGAAUUAGUUGGCAUUCCUGAAGGGAAGAAAACAUUUUUUCCUUGUGACUGAAGCUCAUUCCUGGGAUUAAGCAACAAUGUAGACUAGGGCUGUCCGAGUUAACCAAAUUACUGAAGGUCACUUUUUGUUAUUUCUGUGCCCAAUAUUUUUUGUUGUUGUGCGAUUUAUCACAUUGUCUGAAAGCAUUCAAAAUACACUGGGUGUGUGUGGGUGGGUGGCAGGCCUGGAAUGUCGUGAUUUUAGGGGCAAGGUCAUUUGGCCUCAAGAGUUGCCCAAUCUACCAGGGCACCAAGGCCAUCUGCCAGGGCACCAAGGCCAUUAACCAAAAUAGCCUAUUUAAAUUGCUUUGAAAACGGAAAAACAGUAGCUAUUCUCUUAAGAAGAACAUAAGUGUAUGUAAAUGUACAUAAAUAAUUAGCCUACAUGUAAAGUGUAGGUGAUAGCCUAUGCCUAUUGGCUACAGCCUGUCAUGUCCAGACCGAUGCUGACAUGAGGGAGGCGCCAGAAAAUGUACCUACACUUUAAUGAGAGUUUUAAUUACACAUACCAUAUACAUAGGCUAAACACCAGUCAUGUUUGACAAAUAUAAUGUAGGAUCAUUAUUAAUAAAGGCUUGAUUCUGUCGACCUACAGUGCAUUCGGAAAGUAUUCAGACCCCUUGACUUUUUCCACAUUUUGUUACGUUACAGCCUUAUUCUAAAAUGGAUUAAAAAAAGAUUCCUCAUCAAUGACAAAGCAAAAGCAACCCCAUAAUGACAAAGCAAAAACAGAUGUUUAGACAUUUUUGCUGAAAAAAAUACAAAAUAAACGGAAAUAUCACAUUUACAAGUGUUCAGACCCUUUACUAAGUACUUUGUUGAAGCACCUUUGGCAGCGAUUAUAGCCUUUUCUUGGGUAUGACGCUACAAGCUUGGCACAACUGUAUUUGGGGAGUUUCUCCCAUUCUUCUCUUCAGACCUCUCAAGCUCUGUCAGGUUGGAUGGGGAGCGUCGCUGCACAGCUAUUUUCAGGUCUCUCCAGAGAUGUUCGAUCAGGUUCAAGUCCGGGCUCUGGCUGGGCCACUCAAGGACAUUCAGAGACUUGUCCCGAAGCCACUCCUGCGUUGUCUUGGCUGUGUGCUUAGAGUCGUUGUCCUGUUGGAAGGUGAACCUUCGCCCCAGUCUGAGGUCCUGAGUGCGCUGGAGCAGGUUUUCAUCAAGGAUCUCUCUGUAUUUAGCGCCAUCCAUCAUUCCUUCAAUUCUGACCAGUUUCCCAGUCCCUGCCGAUGAAAAACAUGGUGUACUCGGGGUGAUGAGAGGUGUUGGGUUUGCGUCAGACAUAGCGUUUUCCUUGAUGGCCAAAAAGCUCAAUUUUAGUCUCAUCUGACCAGAGUACCUUCUUCCAUAUGUUUGGGGAGUCUCCCACAUGCCUUUUGGCGAACACCAAACGUGUUUGCUUAGUUUUUUCUUUAAGCAAUGGCUUUUUUUCUGGCCACUCUUCCGUAAAGACCAGCUCUGUGGAGUGUACGGCUUAAAGUGGUCCUAUGGACAGAUACUCUAAUCUCCGCUGUGGAGCUUUGCAGCUCCUUCAGGGUUAUCUUUGGUCUCCUUGUUGCCUCUCUGAUUAAUGCCCUCUUUGCCUGGUCCGUGAGUUUUGGUGGGCGGCCCUCUCUUGGCAGGUUUGUUGUGGUGCCAUAUUCUUUCAAUUUUUUUAUAAUGGAUUUAAUGGUGCUCCGUGGAAUGUUCAAAGUUUCUGAUAUUUUUUUAUAACCCAACCCUGAUCUGUACUUCUCCACAACUUUGAUCCUGACCUGUUUCUGUUUGGAGAGCUCCUUGGUCUUCAUGGUGCCGCUUGCUUGGUGGUGCCCCUUGCUUAGUGGUGUUGCAGACUCUGGGGCCUUUCAGAACAGGUGUAUAUAUUCUGAGAUCAUGUGACAGAUCAUGUGACACUUAGAAUGCAAACAGGUAGACUUUAUUUAACUAAUUAUGUGACUUCUGAAGGUAAUUGGUUGCACCAGAUCUUAUUUAGGGGCUAUUUUGUGUAUGUCCAUUACAUGAAAUCCAAAAAAAAAAAGAUUGUAAUGCAACAAAAUAGGAAAAACGCCAAGCGGGAUGAAUACUUUUGCAAGGCACUGUAUCUCUGUGAAAUGUCAACAUAGCAGUGAGCAUAUACCAACCUUUUUAUUUUCAAAUCCUUUUACAUUUAAUUCAGCUCGUGUCAUGCUAAUUUUGAUUUUUGUGACCUGUGGAAACGACAACCACAAAAUGUAAAAUCCUCAAAAGCUUUUACGAGAAACCUGCAUCGCUAUGUCAACAGAGCUCAGUGCUUAUUAUCGGGUGUAUUAGGUUACGAAAUCUGACUUUUUUUUUAUACAAUGUUAAUAUGUUAGGGAAAAUCCCCACUGAACGAUUCGGAACAUGAAUAAUAAUAUUUGUCUUAACAUAAGGAAGUGAAAUUUCAUAACCUAAGCGCGUUUUCACACUCUGGGCAGAGUGGGUGGACACCCUAUAUUAUGAUGACAGCUCCCACACUGCUCUCACAGUCUCUUAAUACGUAGUGUUUUUCUUUUUCUUUUAAAAAAAAUUUUUUUUUUUACUUCUUCUUUUGAUUGCUCUGAUGUGGCAACGUGGUUGUUUGGACAUUUUUGACAAAUCUUGAAGUGAACCCAUAAUUAUGACUUUUAACUACUGUCUUCUGUGGCAUGCAAAAAAGCUUUCUGGUUGUUGAACGCAAAGCGAAGCUGAAUAGCAAGGAUAUACUUAUCCCCUCCGCAUAAUUGGCAGCAGCCAUAGCAACAGAAGUUCUUUAUGAAAGUCAUAAUAAGCCCGACACGUGCGCUGGUGUUGCUCACUUCUCUUUGACUAAAUGUAUUAGUGAAAAGAGAAAACUACCAGAUAUAUAUUGUUAAUACCAGUUGGUUAGAAGUUUUAAAAGUAUUAAAAUACUUUUUACAUUUGUCUGAGUGAACAACAGCAAAUGUUUUGUAACCUCCCUCAUCCUAAAUCUCCAGUCUUGUCUUGGGGACAUUCCCUCCAAAACAAUGUGUUCUGAGGAGACAUUCCCUCCAAAACAAUGUGUUCUGAGGGGACAUUCUCUCUCUGAACCUUUUUUUGUGAGAGUGAGUGACAUAACACAAGCGUUGAUUGACAGGUGGCGGCCAACAGCUGGAGCUCGGCCAAUGGGUAACAACAAAGCCCUGGAUCACAGUGACAUCACAUGCUGAGUGGCCAAAGUCUCAGUCAUGAAAGACUUUACAUGCAGGAUCAGGAUUAGGCUUAGGCCAGGGCCUGAGGGGGGUCUCUGUGUUCCAGCACAUUAAUGCUGGAAUAGCCACAUACACUGAUUAUAACCAAUUAAAACGUAGCUAUUUUCUGCUCUUGUCAUUUGAUAUGGUACAGUAUGAAAUUCCAGAUAUUUCCCACAGUCUUUCAUGUUUAAACGGUGAAAGGGUAAAGCAUAUAGAAAGACUCCUCUGCCUAGAGAGAAGUUGCAUGAUUAUUCUGUUGGUUUAGCAUUCAUGUGUUUAUCAAUCUGUUCUUAUUCUGUGAAUGAUUGAUCUGUGACUGAGACAGAAAGGCAUUUACAGGAACUUGUUUCAUUAAUGAGUCAGUGUGUUGUUGUGUUGUGUGGAAUGUGGCGUCCUUGUGUUAGUGUUGGUCGCCUAGUUAUCUGGGAGCUGUGCUGCUUGCUGUAUUCUGUGUUGUGAAUGGAGGGGAGUGUUCAGUGAGUGUUUUGUGUUCCACUCCGGAACUCCCUGUUCGUUGUUGACUUUGCGGUCAGCUCCCGUCGCCACUCCACACUUCAACCUGUGUCUCAACAAAAAAGAACCUACCGCAUUACGUGUCAUCAAAGAGAAAGUGUGUGUUUGUUUGUGUAUGUUACUAGCUUGUGUGUGUGCCAGCUAAGCACCCAGUGAGAGGUGAAGUCCUAUUUUUAUCCGUCAGUCAGUCACAGUGGUGGUGAACGGCGGUGAGGUGAGCCCUAUAGUAAUAAUAAUAAUGAUGAUGUAUGUGGCUAGGUCUCUGUAAAGUGGUAAAUAUACUCCCAUGAUCCUUUGGGAUGUAACAGGAGCUGACUGCUACGUCUAAAUGUGACGCUGUCACGGCAGGAAGUGGCGGGGUGACAGGCCGUGUUUUGGGUUUGCAGGAGGACAAUGUAUCAGACAUGUCUCUGACUUAAGCAGGGUGUACUAUUAGCUGGUUGGUGGUUGGUGGGGGUAUUGCUGUGCUGUGUGAUUUGGCCUCCUAUUCGUGAGUGACUGACUGACUGACUGGUCAUGGAAUGGUUCCAACCCUCUCCGCACAGGGAGUAAUGGAGACCUGUCACUCAAUCUACUUACUACAGGCUACAGGGAGGAAUAGACAUGGGGGUAGUAGGCUCACUUCUUUCAAUAUCGCCAUAUUGUCCCCAUGCAGCCUGUAAUAGAAGGCCCUAGAUUAGAAUAGAAGAAUGGGGAGGGGAACUAUAGUGUCCUCCUCCUUUUUCAGGUUUUUGUGAUGCCUACAUCCUAUCACCCUCCUCCUCCUCUUUUCUCCUUUAUAAAGUCUCAAUCCCCUCUUCACUACGAGCCAAACCCACUAGGACAGAGGGCUACUUUAUUACAAGUGGCUAAAAAUGGAUAACGCUUUGUUAUUGGCUUUGAAUAAUAAGAGUGUCUGUUGAAUAAUAAUUAAUUUAUGCAUGUUAGAUUAGAAUGACCCAGUCCAACACUAGACCCUCUAUCUCUGUCUGUCUCUCUCUGUCUGUCUGUCCGGCUGGUUGGUUGCUUCUUUUUCCUAACCGGAUACACCCUAGACUCCUCAUAGGGCUGUCAUUGACUGCUCCUUUGUCUGGCUGAAUGCUGUGUUUGUAUGGAGGAUAAUGAUGGAUGGACUAUAGAGAGCAUGUAGAGGCGGGUUAGUGUUCCCAUAGCGCCUGGACAGGGAAUCUGGAAGUUGGGCCGUUGGGGUCAAAUGUGGUCAGAGCUAUUUUUAUGGUUGUUUUGAUCGGAUCAGCCUGCGAAAGUGAAGCACUGCAGUAAAUGAAUGAUAAUUUCAUUAAUUUAGACUCUGGGGAUCACAAGAGUCAAAAUAGACGCACACACACACACACGCACAUAUGAAUGCACGCACACACACACACACACGGUGUUGUUGGAGAUACAGAGGAGCUCUGGGCUGAGUUGGAAUGCUUGUGGCAGUAGCCUUAGCCUGCAUAGAGAGCAAGACAGGCUGCGUUGGCAGGUAGCCAUGUUGUUGUGCUAUUGGGAGCAGAGAAAGCAGAGGGCCUGCCUGCCAUGCCUGGCUAUGGGUGCAUCCCAAAUGGCACCCUAUUCCCUAUUUAGUACAUUACUUUUGACCAGGGCCCAUAGGGUGUGCAGUAGUGCACUGUAGGGAAGAGGGUACAAUUUGGGACGCAUACUAUAUUUGGUCACCAUUGUAGUUAAACGCCUCACUUGGCUGCUGUGGCCUCUGAAAGGAUUCCAGCACUGAAUGAUUUAGGCCUGAAGGAGAGCCACCAAUACAGUGUCUCUGUCUGUGUCCCAAAUGGCAGCCUAUUCCCUAUACAGUGCACUACUUUGAUCAAAGUCCUCUGGGCCCUGGUCAAAAGCAGUGCACUAGAGAAUAGGGUGCCAGAGAACAGUGCACUAGAGAACUCUGUCCUUCUCUGUUUGUGUCUAUAAUGAGUGUGUGAGAGUUUGCAGGGGGGGGCAAUUCCAAGGUAACAGAGUGAUGCUGAGACUCAAGUUUUUAAUUUUAAAAAGUAUGCCAAACAUACUUUGGGAUUUUGCCAAUGAAGGCCAUGAUCUACUUCCCCAGAGUCAGAUGAACCCAUGGAUAUCAUUUUUAUGUCUCUGUGUGCAGAUGGAAGGAAGUUGCUAACUAGCGUUAGCGCAAUUGCUAACUACCAUUAGCGCAGAUAGCAUUGGCUCGCCAAACUACCUCUAACUUAUUUUAUACUGGAUGCAGAGACAUACAAAUGGUAUCCAUGUAGCAACAGUCAUCAACAUUGUUAAGAGGUUUUAAAAACAAUUGUAAUAAAUGCAACAGUUGGACAAUAUAUGAAGAUACUAAAUCCAUCAGAUAUUGACUGAAUUAUAGCACAUAAAACAUUUUACUGGCACGGACAAAUAAUGAAUGGAGUUCAGGUAUUCAAUUUAUUGUCAAAUUUCACAUUUUUUCUUAGAAUGCACUCAUCUUUAUAUUUUCUAAUGUUAGGUAUUUUUUUUAAAUAUAUUUUGUGUUAAAAUAAUGAAAGUUAUAUGUGUAGCAUUUGCAUAAAUACACUGGGUGUAUUUGCAUAUAUUAAUACAUUAACAGUAUGAAAAUGUAAGCACUCACUAACUGUAAGUCGCUCUGGAUAAGAGUGUCUGCUAAAUGACUUAAAUGUAAAUGUAAAUGUUAACAUAAAGGGGUGGAACCGGGCUGCAACACCAACAAUGUGCUGUCUAGGCCUACCUGUACUCACCUGUGCUGUCUAGACUGCUUAAUUAAUGACUGUUGUUGUCACAUUCUGUUGCAUAAUUCAACAAGUGUGUCAACAGCAGGAUACCCUCGGAUGGAAAAUCAACACGCUUGGCUCUAGAUUACGCCCAUCUAUACAUACUUUACAUUGUUUGCAAGAUCAAACGUACAGUGCCUUCGGAAAGUAUACAGACUCCUUGACUUUUUCCACAUUUUGUUACGUUAAAGCCUUAUUCUAAAAUUUAUUAAAUCGUUUUUUCCCCUUAUCAAUCUACACACAAUACCCCAUAAUGACAAAGUAAAAACAGGUUUUUAGAAAUGUUUGCUAAUUUAUAAAAAGUAAUAAUAAUAAUGAAAUAUCACAUUUACAUAAGUAUUCAAACCCUUUACUCAGUACUUUGUUGACGCACCUUUGGCAGCGAUUGUAGCCUUGAGUCUUCUUGGGGAUGACGCUACAAGCUUGGCACACCUGUAUUUGGGGAGAUUCUCCCAUUCUUCUCUGCAGAUCCUCUCAUACUCUGUCAGGUUGGAUGGGGAGCGUUGCUGCACAGCUAUUUUCAGGUCUCUCCAGAGAUGUUCGAUCGGGUUCAAGUCCGGGCUCUGGCUGGGUCACUCAAGGACAUUCAGAGACUUGUCCCAAAGCCACUCCUGUGUUCUCUUGGCUGUGUGCUUAGAGUCGUUGUCCUGUUGGAAGGUGAACCUUCACCCCAGUCUGAGGUCCUGAGUGCUGUGGAGCAGGUUUUCAUCAAGGAUCUCUCUGUACUUUUCUCCGUUCAUCUUUGCCUCGAUCCUGACUAGUCUCCAGUCCCUGCCGCUGAAAAACAUCCCCACAGCAUGAUGCUGCCACCACAAUGCUUCACCAUAGGGGUGGUGCCAGGUUUCCUCCUCCAGAUGUGACACUUGGCAUUCCGGCCAAAGAGUUCAAUCUUGGUUUCAUCAGACCAGAGAAUCUUGUUUCUCAUGGUCUGAUUGUCUUUAGGUGCCUUUUGGCAAACUCCAAGCGGGCUGUCGUGUGCCUUUUACUGAGGAGUGGCUUCCGUCUGGCUACUAACCAUAAAGGCCUGAUUGGUGGAGUUCUUCAGAGAUGGUUGUCCUUCUGGAAGGUUUUCCCAUCCCCGGUUGCUCAGUUUGGCCGGGCGGCCAGCUCUAGGAAGAGUCUUGAUGGUUCCAAACUUCUUCCAUUUAAUAAUGAUGGAGGCCACUUUGUUUUUGGGGACCUUCAAUGCUGCAGAAAUGUUUUGGUACCCUUCCCCAGAUCUGUGCCUCAACACAAUCCUGUCUCGGAGCUCUGCGGACAAUUCCUUUGACCUCAUGGCUUGGUUUUUGCUCUGACAUGCAUUGUCAACUGUGGGACCUUAUAUACAGUGAGGGAAAAAAGUAUUUGAUCCCCUGCUGAUUUUGUACGUUUGCCCACUGACAAAGACAUGAUCAGUCUAUAAUUUUAAUGGUAGGUUUAUUUGAACAGUGAGAGACAGAAUAGCAACAAAAUAAUCCAGAAAAACGCAUGUCAAAAUUUUUAUAAAUUGAUUUGCAUUUUAAUGAGGGAAAUAAAUAUUUGACCCCUCUGCAAAACAUUACUUAGUACUUGGUGGCAAAACCCUUGUUGGCAAUCACAGAGGUCAGACGUUUCUUGUAGUUGGCCACCAGGUUUGCACACAUCUCAGGAGGGAUUUUGUCCUACUCGUCUUUGCAGAUCUUCUCCAAGUCAUUAAGAUUUCGAGGCUGACGUUUGGCAACUCGAACCUUCAGCUCCCUCCACAGAUUUUCUAUGGGAUUAAGGUCUGGAGACUGGCUAGGCCACUCCAGGACCUUAAUGUGCUUCUUCUUGAGACACUCCUUUGUUGCCUUGGCCGUGUGUUUUGGGUCAUUGUCAUGCUGGAAUACCCAUCCACAACCCAUUUUCAAUGCCCUGGCUGAGGGAAGGAGGUUCUCACCCAAGAUUUGACAGUACAUGGCCCCGUCCAUCGUCCCUUUGAUGCGGUGAAGUUGUCCUGUCCCCCUAGCAGAAAAACACCCCCAAAGCAUAAUGUUUCCACCUCCAUGUUUGACGGUGGGGAUGGUGUUCUUGGGGUCAUAGGCAGCAUUCCUCCUCCUCCAAACACGGCGAGUUGAGUUGAUGCCAAAGAGCUUGAUUUUGGUCUCAUCUGACCACAACACUUUCACCCAGUUCUCUUCUGAAUCAUUUAGAUGUUCAUUGGCAAACUUCAGACGGGCCUGUAUAUGUGCUUUCUUGAGCAGGGGGACCUUGCGGGCGCUGCAGGAUUUCAGUCCUUCACGGCAUAGUGUGUUACCAGUUGUUUUCUUGGUGACUAUGGUCCCAGCUGCCUUGAGAUCAUUUAUAAGAUCCUCCUGUGUAGUUCUGGGCUGAUUCCUCACCGUUCUCAUGAUCAUUGCAACUCUACGAGGUGAGAUCUUGCAUGGAGCCCCAGGCCGAGGGAGAUUUACAGUUAUUUUGUGUUUCUUCCAUUUGCGAAUAAUCGCACCAACUGUUGUCACCUUCUCACCAAGCUGCUUGGCGAUGGUCUUGUAGCCCAUUCCAGCCUUGUGUAGGUCUACAAUCUUGUCCCUGACAUCAAUGCCAAAAUCCUGAAGUAUCCCUUUAAACAAAACAUACAACUCUAUGCACAAGGACUGCAAUAUGCAGAAAUCGUUCCUCCAUUUCCUGGUUGCAAAAAUGUGAAUAGUUUGCCUAAUUUCAGUUUAUGUGACAAAACAAGCAAGUGUAAAAAAUCAUUGUACCAUCUAAACUGCUGUGAAAUAUAUUUUCAAUGAUUUUUCAAUUGUAUUUUCAGCUGUUGGAAGCUGGUGUACCUAACCGAAAGUAAAAGACGUAAAAACGAAACUUAAGAACGGGAAGCAUAGAAAUAGUGCACAUAGAACAGAUCUGCCGCUUCUUAGACUUGCUUUCAAUGCGAAUUACAGAUCUAUAACUCAUUUCUAUGUGAAUUUGGUCAGGUGGCCAAAAAAGUUACAUAUUGCCGCUUAAACAAUUUCCACUGAAAAUGUUGCAAAAUCAGAUUUACUUUUAGAAAAGUGCAUAUGCAAUGUUUGGUAACAGAAUGAUGGCACAAACAGCACACACCAUCAUUGUGUUACCAAUCUUUGCAUUUGCACUGUUCUUCAAGUAAAUGAGUCUGUUACCGUGGACUUGCCUAGGGGUAAUUAAGGACAUCAGUUUUGUCUCCUAUCACCUUCUGUCAGAGGGAGUACAUUCAUACACGCACAGUCACUGUUAAAGAACACAUGAACAAUCACCAACUUUCUCACACUGCCGUAUUCGCACAUACCGUGUCCCCCCCCCCACACACACAGUCUCUCUUUAUACACAAACACACGUGCACACAUACACACACACACACACAGGCGCAGACACACACACACACACUCCUUCCACACACACACACCGCUCUCGCUUAGCACCUGUCUGGUUCCAGAACGUUAUUAAAUGCAAUCAAGGGCCAUAAAUUCCUGUUCUUUGUGAGAGGGGUGUCAGUGGCAGUCUGCCUGGGGUGGGCCUGGGGGUCAUGAGGAAGAGGGGGGUGUAUGGGGGCGACACUGGUCACCCAGCUCAGGUUCCAGUUGGCGGAAUGCAACUCUUUGCCCUUUGACCCUAUGAACAUGGCCCCCGGGGGUUAAGUAUCAAACAGUUCCCCUGAACCUCAGGUAGAGGGUGUCGGGUGUCUGUCCCUCUCUUUCUCUCUGACGUUGCUGUUGAUAUUGCUACAAGGUAAAUGGCUAUAGAAUAGUGAGGGAACUAUGGAGAACAGCACAGUAGUCAUUGGAUUUGUUUUAAAGGUAAUAUUAUUCUACUUGGUAAAUGUUAUAUCCACCAGAUUUAACUCAGUUGGCUGUUGUUGUGGAUGACGGUUCUGUUCAUACCAUUAGAUUUAGGAUAGUUGCCAAAGACAUUUCCACAUCAUGUACUAAUCUGAAAAUGGACAUAAAAUCAGACAAUGAAUUCGAACAGACAUUUGCUUAACAAGAAAAUUAUGAAAGGGGAUUAUGAAGGGGAUUGUGAAAGUUAGUUAUGGGUACGCAAUCUGAUUGGUCAAAAAUGUGUUCCAGUGGUUUCAGUGCCUUCUGAAGGCAUGUGAGUUUGGCCAAACCUAAACCUCAGUAUCUGGGACCCACCCUAGAUGUUGUUUGGCACUUCUUCCAGUGGUAUUUUGCAUGUUUGAUCCAGCUCUCUCCCCCUUUCCCCCUCUGUGUGCUGGUAUUUGUUAUUAUCAGGAACCACUAGCUAACAGGGAAUUAUAUUCAGCAGCCUAAGGAAAGGGAAGGGAGGCUAAACAUGGUUUAUUAUGGAAUGUCAGAGAACACCCCUUUUCACUGGCCAGGCCUCUGAUUCGCAGGACAAGGGGUGCCUUUGUCCCCCACCCCAUACCCCCUUCUCCUCUGCCCCCCCACCCCAUAACCCCUUCUCCUCUGCCCCCCCCCCCCCCCCCGCCCCCGCCCAGCACCACCCCACCCCACCCCAUAACCCCUUCUCCUCUGCCCCCCCACCCCCAUAACCCCUUCUCCUCAGCAUGCAGCAACCCACUCUGCCCUACUGCUGCCUCCAUCUUACCCCCUCGCUACAUCCUCCGACACCUCCUCUUACCCCUCCUCUACCCCCUCCCUGCCUCCCUCUUACCCCUCUCUCCAGAAUAGCACAGCAGGCCCCUCUGAAAAUAGAGCAGGGGAUGUUGGCAGGUCAUGCUACCCCCUUCUGUACUCUCUCUCUUUCACUCUCUCUUUGCUCUAUUUUUCUCUUCCUCCCUCUCUCUAUCUCUCUUGUCUAUUUUCUCUAUCCACCCCUCUGACUCUCCUCUCUCUCCUAUCUCCACCCCUCUCUCUGGGACUCCCCAUAGUCUGCUCCCUCUCUCAACUUCUAUCAACCCUCUUUCCUGAACUCCCCACUCUAUCACCUCUACUCUUCUCUCACCCUCUCUCUGACUCCCUCUCUCCUUCUCUCACCCUCUCUCUGACUCCCUCUCUCCUUCUCUCGCCCUCUCUCUGACUCCCUCUCUCUCCCUCUCCCUCUCCUUUGUUCUCUUCACAAUGAAUAGCCAACAGAAUCACUCCUUUGUUUCAGCAGUGUGGAGGAACUUGCGGUUUGAAAACAGAAAACUGAAAUUCUACGCGAGUGAGAACUGUAAAUAGAGAAUAGGCACAUUGUAGCAUGUUUUGGAGUGAUUUAAUGUCUUAUAUUCAACUGUGACAGAAUUGUGCCCAGAAAGUAACUGAAUGUUGAAGAACUCAAGUUUUUGUUGUACUAGUUAUUGACUAUUUGUCUUGGAAGGCCAUUAAUGUAGAUACUAGUAGUACUGCAGUGCAUCAAAAUACAUUUAUCUUAAAAUGGUGGUGAUGCAGAGUGUUUUUGGUUCUGUAGAAUAUAUAAAUGAGUUACCUCAGCCAUGUUACAUGUUUUGGACAUUCCCUCCCUUGAAGCUGAUGGUAUUUCCCUGUGAUGUGUGAAAAUGAGAUCAGAUAGAAAAAGUGAAAGGGUAGCAAAGGAGAAAAUCCUAUUAAGAAAGCGCAAAGGGAAAAGUCCUCUUUUCCGUUUGAAACGGGCUCAAGCAUCCCGUCGGGGAACCAGUGGGACACUUCAGUCAUCUAAACUGUAGCUGGGCCGGCCUGGGGGUAAGGGCUCCCCUGUCCAUGUCCUCUCUGUCCACCCCACUCAGCACUGGCUCGCUGCUUGGGACUGGCCAGAUGGAUUAGUUUAACCUGACAAACUUCUACUGAAACAAAAGAUUAGAAUAGUUUGUCGCAAGAGGGGUUGUUGUUGUAGAAACAGAGUAUGGAUGGAUGGAUGGAUCAUGGAAGCAGGUAGAGCCCGCUGAAGGACAGUGCCUUGGAGGGAAGAUUCUGAGAAGGAGCUCCCAAAUUCAGUCCCACUUCAUAGGCUUUCUUUCUACUAGACUCUCACUCUGGCCACAGACUAGUGGUUCAGAGGCUUUCGACUCUCACUCUGGCCCCAGACUACCGGUUCAGAGGCUUUCGACUCUCACUCUGGCCACAGAAUACCGGUUCAGAGGCUUUCGACUCUCACUCUUUCCACAGACUACCGGUUCAGAGGCUUUUGACUCUCACUCUGGCCACAGUCUACCGGUUCAGAGGCUUUCGACACUCUGGCCACAGUCUACCGGUUCAGAGGCUUUCGACUCUCACUCUGGCCACAGUCUACCGGUUCAGAGGCUUUCGACUCUCACUCUGGCCACAGUCUACCGGUUCAGAGGCUUUCUACUCUCACUCUGGCCACAGUCUACCGGUUCAGAGGCUUUCGACUCUCACUCUGGCCACAGACUACUGGUUAGGAGCUUCUCUCCAGGUUCUGACUAACAUUCCUGAGUGUAAUAUAAUAUUGCCGUUAGGAAACUUGUAAAUGCAUACCAUGCAUAUCUAUACCCAUUGAAUGGAUAUGUUUACUGCUAGAGUAAUGGGUUCUCCCUUCAGUAACGUUAGCCCUGAGUCCUGAAGCAGAAGUGUCUAAUUCCUCUUUGUAUAACAGUUUGUUUCAGAGACCUGGCUCUCUCACACCUUUGCUAAUAAGAUCUACCGUAAUCUAGAAUUUACAUAGCAUUUAAUUAAGUUAACCACAUAACAGGAGUUCAUUCUUAGCUAACGACUGACCUAUUAUUUUAAUGGUGAAGUUUGUUAUGGUCUGGUCUGGCAUGCAAGCUGUUGCUGAUGGUGUAAAGCAAUUUAAUUUAGUCCCAUAUUAGUCUCAUGAGAGAGAGAAUGUCUAACUGUCAGCCGUCUAAAAACUAUGACAUAUACAUGGCUAAAAUUAGAUUGGUUUUAGCCUUCAAUAAAUCUACCCAGUGCCCUUCUUUAGUAUCUAAAGGUUGAGUGUUAUGUCUAUAUUUUAUUUACUCUGGUGACCUCUGUGAGUUUCAACAUGGUCUCUCUCUCUCUCUCUCUCUCUCUCUCUCUCUCUCUCUCUCUCUCUCUCUCUCUCUCUCUCUCUCUCUCUCGUGCUCUCUCUCUCUCUGUCCUUGAUGUUCCCCCUGCAGCAGAAGGCCCUGACCUAGCCACCCCCGGCUUCUCGCCUCCCUCCAGCCCCAACCCUGCUAAGAAGGGAAGCUCCCUCAACUGGUCGUUCCCAGACAAGAUCAAGUCCCCGCGCACCGUCAGGAAACUCUCCAUGAAGAUGAAGAAGCUUCCGGAACUCAGCCGCAAGCUCAGUGUCAAAGGGAUCCCUAGCAACAACAACAACACCAGUGGUAACGGAGCCAGCGCGAGUAGCCAAUCAGAGACAAGGACCCAUUGUCCCAAAACAAAUAGCGGGACAGAACCAGGCUCGGCUCCUCCCAGGUUGUCCCCAGGGGGCGGGCAGGGGGUGGCUGCCAGCCGUAAUGUGAUCUCAAGAUAUCACCUGGACAGCAGUGUGUCGACGCAGCAAAGUUACAGCAAGAAGAAGAGCAGCGGGACCUCCAAGUCGGCUAGCAAGGGGGGCUACCUCAGUGACGGGGACUCCCCAGAACUGGUGGCCAAGUCUGGGAAGCACAGGUCCUCAGAGGGCAAGGGAGGCAAGGUGAAGGAGAAAGAGAAAGACCCUGCCACUGGAGGAGGAGAGAGAACAGGAGCAGGAGGAGUAACAGGGGGAGGUGGCAGCUCCAAGCUGCACGGCACAGAAUUAGACAUUGACGCGUUCCGCCACUACGCCUUCACAGAACAGCCCAAGUGCACCCAGUACAUCUCAGGCCUGAUGAGCCUGCACUUCUACGGCGCUGAGGACCUCAAACCGUCACGCGUCGACUCCCGAGACGUCUACUGCGCCAUCCAGGUGGACUCGGUCAACAAGGCGCGCACUGCCCUGCUCACCUGCCGGACCACCUUCUUAGACAUGGACCACACCUUCAACAUCGAGCUGGAGAACGCCCAGCACCUGAAGCUAGUGGUGUUCAGCUGGGACCCCACACCCAAGAAGAACCGGGUGUGCUGUCACGGCACUGUGGUGUUACCGGCUCUCUUCAGGGUGACCAGGAGUCAUCAGCUGGCCGUGAAGCUGGAGCCACGAGGCCUGAUCUACGUGAAGCUGAACCUGAUGGAGCAGUGGCAGAAUUCCCUGGACGGAGGCUACGAUGGGGACCGGGAGCGACAGAUGUUUGGGGUGGAGGCCUGGAGGGUGGUGGAAAGGGAGAACACCGGACUCAUGGUGCCCCUGCUCAUCGAGAAGUGCAUCACGGAGAUUGAGAAGAGAGGCUGCCAGGUGAGUUCAGCUCAUGAAAGUUAAUGUUUAAUGUUUGUUUGGCAGAUUUAGCCGAUUCAUCUCUGUGGUGGUAGACUUGUGUGAAUAUUCUUGAAUUUUUUCUUCAAAAAUGUAGUUAUUGUAUAGUACGGUACUAGCUGUAUGUAGCAGCAAACCAUGUGAAAGUUAUUAGUUUGGCAUGAUACUUAAACUAGCUAACUGAACAUACUGGAUAGACUUGCUGAAAUCAGACAUAAUGUAGUCCUUGGACUUGCUUAGUUAGCCAGCUACCAAUUUUGGCAAGGAAUAGGCAGUACUGUACAGCCUUCUAGCAAGCCAUCAACCUGAGCGGCCUGGUUGGUUAGCUCAGCAUUCCGUGAGAGAGGAACAUGUCCAGAGGCCAGUUCUGGAUAAUGCUGGUUGAGUGACAUCACAGGCCUGCUUGUUUUCAUGUUGCGAGUGGCCUUUUGUGAGAGUGAGAGAGAGUGAGAGUGUGAGUGAGAGUGUGAGUGUGAGUGAGAGUGUGAGUGUGAGUGUGAGUGAGAGUGUAAGAGAGUGAGAGUGAGAGUGAGAGAGAGAGGUGUACUGGGCGGCUGGCUGCCCUCUACCUCCUCCAACUCUUCUUAUUUGAAGUCCAGUGCCAAAGGAGAGAGACUCCAGCUUUGGUUUCUUCUAAUUAGUUGAGACGCCGCCCAGCAGUAAAAUUGUCUGGCUGUUGCCCGUAGGACAUCCAUCCACCCUAGGGGGGUGCCAGGGGCAGCGGGUGCCCUGAGAGGCUGCGCCUUGGUGGGGCAACCUCCUUGGAUCUUUCUCCGGGCCUCUCCAAGCUACAUAACACAGCUAAUCUAUCAGGCCUCUGGCAGGCUGCUCUACAUGGGCUGGCCCUCAGUGGGAGAAGGGGACUAUGGCUGCCAGCAGGCCCAUAGCCAGACCUUCCCUCAGGUUACUCUGAAGAGGCUGUCUAGCCAUGGGACUGUCCCUUACUGGGGUUACAAUGGGCAAGUCGGUUUUCUAUGUGCUAAUGGUUUUAACCACUGGCCAAGUACAUUUAUUAGCUGUGUUUUCUUUGUACUCCUCCAUUUCUCUCUCUCUCCCUCUCUCUCUCUCUCUCUCUUUCUCAAUUUCUCUCUCCCUUUCUCUUUCUCUGUUGAUUCAAGAGAGAAACAUAACUCAGAGACUUAGUAGAGUUUGUGUAGGGGGAGAUGAUUAUCACUAGAUGCAGUUUGGAGCCAUCUUUACCUGUGUCCCCCAGGGGCCCAGGCUGAGAGGGGUUAGUAGGGGAUCUACAUCAGAUUACACAGGAAUGUAUAGGACGUGUCACAGAGGCAUGCAGAGAGAGCCAGACACACAGCAUAGCAUGUCUUUAGAAAUAAUGAUGUGUAUCCCUAGAUGGAGACUACUCUCACAAACGCAUGGCCUUAGGGCUCUAAAGCCUUUAAAGCACUGGAUGAUUGUGGCUGUUCUGGAACAACUGCUGAUUGGUGUCACAGAAGCGAGUUAUGUGUGUGGGGCUGCUGUAAGGUGUGUUUUUUGUAUUUGUAAGAGACAGAUGCCCUUUAAGAGAGUUGAUCUACCUGAUGUAGUCCUGUGUGGCUCAGUUGGUAGAGCAUGGCGCUUGCAACGCCAGGGUUGUGGGUUCGAUUCCAACGGGGGACCAGUACAGAGAAAGGGGGAAAAAAGUAUGAAAUGUAUGCAAUCACUACUGCAAGUUGCUCUGCAUAAGAGCGCCUGCUAAAUUAUGAAAAUGAGAUAUGUCGAGACAAAUAGCUAUCUGAUUUCAGCUCCACUAGUUCUAUUCAGUUCAAGUAAAAAGUCAGUGAAUUUUAGUGCAUUGUUUUCCCAGAAGGGGGUCAGAAGUUUGUAAAUGGUGCAGGUGCAACCAUCUUUUUGCGACCUGUCAAGAUCGCCUAUUCCAUCCCUACUAAUCCCUACCAACAAGCCUGUGUGUGUGUGUGUGUGUGUGUGUGCGUGCGUGUGUGUUUGUGGGCGUGCGCGCGUGCCUGCCUGACCUCAUUCUCGCUCAUUCAGGAAGUCCCUGACUCACCGCGGGAAACCAUUCUGUUGUUUUUAAUUAAGGCGAGGACAGACCAUUGUUUCCUAUUGGUGUGUGUGUGUGUGUGUGUGUGUGUGUUGCUCAGCAGCAGCAGAUAAAGCCAAGGCCUCUUCACCACCAGCUGUCACACUAUUGCCUGUCUGUGUGCUCUCUGCACUCUCCUCUCAGAGCUGCUACUCACCCUAAACUAAAGAAAUAGCUUUUUCUCAAUGGGCUUGUUGUUCAUUGUGUCCAGUGACUUCUGUUUACUCUUGCACUAAGCUAAAUCCCUGCCUAAUCUGCCCGUUUUUUCCCCUCUCGUGUGAGUGAGUGGGGUUUAGAAAUGCUAGACAGAACAGAGAGCUCUCAGUCACAAACAGUGUGGCUAGUGGCCUGUGUAGACAUUAGUGGCUAUAGCCUGGAUGCCUGUAAAAGCCAUAGAUAUCCAGCUAUGUACCAAGCUAGGGGCUGGAGCCUGGAGGCCUGUAAAAACCAUAGAUAUCCAGCUAUGUACCGAGCUAGGGGCUGGAGCCUGGAGGCCUGUAAAAGCCCCAUAGAAUUAUCCAGUCUACAUUGUAAGCAGCGUAGGCGCGAGCGCCCCCGGCUGGAGACCUGGAGGCCUGUAAAAGCCAUAGAUAUCCAGCUAUGUACCGAGCUAGGGGCUGGAGCCUGGAGGCCUGUAAAAGCCAUAGAUAUCCAGCUAUGUACCAAGCUAGGCCUGUAAAAACCAUACAGUGCAUUCAGAAAGUAUUCAGACCCCUUGACUUUUUCCACAUUUUGUUACGUUACAGCCUUAUUCUAAACUUGAUUAAAUAAAACAUUUUCCUCAUCCAUCUACACACAAUGCCCCAUAAUGACAAAGCGAAAACAGGUUUUUAGAAGUUUUUGCAAAUGUAUUACAAAUAAAAAACAGAAUGACCUUAUUUACAUAAGUAUUCAGACCCUUUGCUAUGAGACUCAAAAUUGAGCUCAGGUGGAUCCUGUUUCCAUUGAUCAUCCUUGAGAUGUUUCUACAACUUGAUUGGAGUCCACCUGUGGUAAAUUAAAUUCAUUGAACAUGAUUUGGAAAGGCACACACCUGUCUAUAUAAGGUCCCACAGUUGACAGUGCAUGUCAGAGCAAAGACCAAGCCAUGAGGUCGAAGAAAUUGUCCUUAGAGCUCAGAGACAGGAUUAUGUCGAGGCACAGAUCUGGGGAAGGGUACCAAAAAAUGUCUGCAGCAUUGAAGGUCCCCAAAAGCACAGUGGCCUCCGUCAUUCUUAAAUGGAAGAAGUUUGGAACCACCAAGACUCUUCCUAGCGCUGGCCGCCCGGCCAAACUGAGCGAUCGGGUGAGACGGGGCUUGGUCAGGGAGGUGACCAAGAACCCGAUGGUCACUCUGACAGAGCUCCAGAGUUCCUCUGUGGAGAUGGGAGAACCUUCCAGAAGGACAACCAUCUCUGCAGCACUCCACCAAUCAGGCCUUUAUGGUAAAGUGGCCAGACGGAAGCCCUCCUCAGUAAAAGGCACAUGACAGACCGCUUGGAGUUUGCCAAACGGCACCUAAAGGACUAAUUUAAUUAAUUUUAGAAUAAGGCUGUAACGUAACAAAAUGUGGAAAAAGUCAAGGGAUCUGAAUACUUUCCGAAUGCACUGUAGAUAUCCAGCUAUGUACCAAGCAGGGGGCUGGAGCCUGGAGGCCUGUAAACACCAUAGAUAUCCAGCUAUGUCCCAAGCUAGGGGCUGGAGCCAGGAGGCCUGUAAAAACCUUAGAUAUCCAGCUACAGUGCCUUCAGAAAGAAUUCAUACCCCUUCAUUUAUUCCACAUUAUGUUGUUUUACAGCCUGAAUUCAAAAUUGAUUAAAUUGAUUUAUUUCGCACCCAUCUACACACAAUACCCCAUAAUGACAAAGUGAAAACAUGUUUAUAGAAAUCUUUGCACAUUUAUUGAAAAUGAAAGCAUAAAUAUCUAAUUUACAUAAGUAUUCUCACCCCUUUGCUAUGACAAUCCAAAUUGAGCUCAGGUGCAUCCCAUUUCCUUUGAUCAUCCUUGAGAUGUCACUACAACUUGAUUGGAGUCCACCUGUGGCCAAUUCAAUUGUUUGGACAUGAUUUAAAAAUACCCUGUCUGUAUAAGGUUCCACAGUUGACAGUGCAUGAAGUCCAAGGAACUGUAGAUCUCCAAGAUAGAAUUGUGAUCAGGGUAUAAAACAAUUUCUAAAGUGUUAAAUGUUUCCAAGAGCACAGUGGUCUCCAUCCACUCUGCCUAGAGCUGGCCAUCCGACCAAACUGAGCAACCAGGCAAGAAGGACCUUGGUCAGGGAGGUGACCAAGAACUCAAUGACCACUCUGACAGAGUUCCUUGGUUGAGAUGGGAGACUGGUAAGGAUAAAGGGAACAAUGAAUGGAGCCAAAUGCAGGCAAAUCCUUGAUGAGAACCUGCUUCAGAGUGCAAACGACCUCAGACUGGGGCGAAGAUUUACGUUCCAACAGGACAAUGACCCCAAGCAAACAGCCAAAGCAACGCUGGAAUGGCUUCAGAACAAGAAUGUGAAAGUCCUUGAAUGGCACAGCCAAAGCCCAGACUUGAAUCCCAUUGACAAUCUGUGGAAAGACUUGAAGAUUGCUGUUCACCGCCGCUCCCCAUGUUACUUAACAGAGCUUGAGAAAAUCUGCAAGGAAGAAUGGGAGAAAAUCCCCAAAUCCAGAUGUGCAAAGCUGAUACAGACAUACCCAAGAUGACUCAAAGCUGUAAUUGCCACCAAAGGUGCUUAGUCUAUUGACUCAGCUAGUGUCUGGAGCCUGGAGGCCUGUAAAAACAUAGAUAUCCAGCUAUGUACCAAGGUUGUGGCUGUAGCCUAGAGGGCUGUAAAACAAUAGAUAUGUACCAUGCUACCCAUUUACUCCCCUGCCCUGGUGGCUGACUUACCUGAAUGGGUUGCUAGGACAACCGCACCAUACCACCCAGUAUGCCACCAUAUACCAGACACAUAGUAGUUAGUGAGUGAAACUCUAGAAGAGUGUUUGUCUGGGUGACAUUUCACACAAUAACAAGACCCCGGUAUGGUAGAAAUUGCCAUUUCAGUUAGCGUAUCAGAUAUCUCUGUGUUAAACCGGUUAGAGGAAGUAGUUAAACUAAGGUUGAGGUAAGAGCUGGUGUUCCUGUCAGUCAUCUAGGGCUCUGAGAAGGUCUACAGAUGUAUACCAUUAGGAAAUUGCUCAAAGGGGUGUGGGUGAAGACUUUUCUGCACACAUUUUUUCAAAGCCAAUUCCUGAGAUUCCUGAUUGAGGAUGCUUGUUAGCCCAGGACUAGGAAUAAUCUGUGUCCGGUAAACUUCCCCCUAGUUGUUAGAAUGUGUGACACCAUGCUUGUUGUUGUUUAGCUAGCUUCCAAAUCCAGUUUUGAAGAGUCCAGUCAGUGCAGUACCCCUCUGUGUUAUGCAAGAGAAUGUGUGGUUACUGUAUUGUACUCAUUAAACCCAUUGUUUAGUAAGAAACAAAGCAAAGCGGCUUCGUACCACCCAGAACCAUAGAUAGGUGCUGCACUACCUGGGACCUGGCAGCUCCCUGGCCGGAGAUUAGAAAGCUGUAUCAUUGAGCUAUUCAUAACAGUUCCAAACUGUUCAUAACAGUGUAAUUAAGUGUAUGUUGUGAUCAGCCAGUACACACACACUCCAUGACCCCAUGGAUUUUCCAUGGUGGUUUCACUGGUCGUGCAACUAUUCUGUUGCUACUCUGAGAGGUUGUUGACAGUAUGUUUGACUGCCAUGGUUUGAACUGACAGCUGUGGGGAUCCUUGCUAGUCAUUAGUGCUGAGUGAUUAACUGACAUUUCGGUUUUUAAACAACUAAUUGACAAAAUAAUUUUAAUUCCAUUUUGUUCGUUUUUUUUCUGUGAGCUCAAUGUACACAUUGUGCAGUUUCUGUAGAGAUGAAUCCUAUCAUGCCCGAAGUGUGUGAUGUAGUAGAAGGGAGUUGUAGUUUCCAACAGGCCAAUAUUCUACAUAGUUUAGCGCAGAAAACGUGUUAAUUAACUACAAAGACCAUAAUCCAUUGUGCACCUACUUGUCCAAUCUGUUUCUUUUACGCCUGUUAUGUAAAAGAGACAGAAGAAUGCACAAUUGCACGAUUUGAGAGGGAUAGAGCAGUUGCUUCUUAAGGUUUUUCUACCUGAAAAUAUAUUAUCUAAGCCAGGGUUUCCCAAACUCGGUCCUGGCAUCAUGGGACUUUUAUGAUUUUUUGUAUUCUGUGUUGUUACAGCAUUCAACCCACAUAAUGCGUAGUGCAUUUAAUGUUUUAAAAAAUAAUUUGAAACCAAAAUCGAAAACCGUGAUUAUUUAUUUAUAGUCUAACUGAAACCGAACCGACCUCAAAAAGCACUAAUGGCUCAGCACUACUAGUCACUCGUUAAGGUUAACCAGUGGUUGUUGGGUUUGAUCCGAUGGCCUUACAGCCAAUGUCCACUAGGGGCGAUGUCAGGCGAUGAGACGCGAAGGCGGGGGACCGUUUGGUUGAUGCGAACAUGGCGUGGGAGCUUAAACAGGGCGGGACUUAAGUUGGGUGAAGCUCAAUAUUAUGCAAAUGCUCAAUGAUAUCGCGGCGCGAUUUACCAAUCGAAGCUCAUUAUAGCUUCCAGCCCUUACUGGAUUGGCUGUUGAUACCUAGCACUACCUAGAAUGCUGUCAGCUUGCUAGCAAUCACAUGGCGAGCCACUCUGGACAAAGCUAGCGUGGCUAGGCAAAGCAUCACUCCCUAGUCGACAUUGUCCAUUACUCGUAAGAUAAACAGAAAGCCUGUGUCAGAUGUUGGCUAGAACUUGAUGUAUAGUACAUUAAGAAUGUUCUCUCUUUUUGGCUGUAGUGUUUUGACUCCCUGGUUGUGAGUACUGCUUUAUCUUGGCCAGGUCGCAGUUGUAAAUGAGAACUUGUUCUCAACUGGCUUACCUGGUUAAAUAAAGGUGAAAUAAAUAAAAUAAAUUAUGUGUUUGACCUGGUUCUGUCUCAUAGUCGUACAGUGUUUCCACUAUAUUCAUUUAGCAGCGGUGGCCACCAGUCCACAAUAAAAGGUUACAAAAACAAUUAAAAAUAAAUAUAUAUACAGUACCAGUCAAAAGUUUGGACACACCUACUCAUUCCAGGGUUUUUCUUUAUUUUUACUAUUUUCUACAUUGUAGAAUAAUAGUAAAGAAAACAGAACUAUGAAAUAACAUAUGGAAUCAUGUAGUAACCAAAAAGGUGUUAAACAAAUCCAAAUAUAUUUCAUAUUUGAGAUUCUUCAAAGUAGCCACCCUUUGCCUUGAUGACAGCUUUGCACACGCUUGGCCAAAAUUCACCCAACUUAUUGUGGGAAGCUUGUGGAAGGCUACCCGAAACGUUUGACCCAAGUUAAACAAUUUAAAGGCAAUGCUACCAAAUACUAAUUGAGUGUAUGUAAACUUCUGACCCACUGGGAAUGUGAUGAAAGAAAUAAAAGCUGAAAGAAAUAAUUAUCUCUACUAUUAUUCUGACAUUUCACAUUCUUAAAAUAAAGUGAUGAUCCUAACUGACCUACGACAGGGAAUUUGUACUAGGAUUAAAUGUCAGGAAUUGUGAAAAACUGAGUUUAAAUGUAUUUGGCUGUGUAAACUUCCGACUUCAACUGUAUAUAUAGUGCAUUCGGAAAGUAUUCAAACUCCUUGACUUCACUAUCUUUGCCACCGCUGCUGAAAAUCCUAGGGGAAACACUGUAGUAUAUAGAUAAUGGUGUAACCCUCUGUGUAUGACUCAUGUUAGAGUAUUUUUGACGGUAAGUAUUUCACCUAGUCAUUUGAGUGAUUUUAGCAUGUUUUGUCUUUGUGUUUGACCUAGUUGUCUGUUUUUGCAGUUUUUUUUGUGUAUGCCUGUAUUUGACCUAUGUGUGUUUUUGCAGGUUGUAUGUAUUUUACCUGGUUGUGUGUGUUUUUGCAGGUUGUGUGUAUUUUACCUGGUUGAGUGUGUGUUUCUGCAGGUUGUGUGUAUUUUACCUGGUUGUGUGUGUGUUUUUGCAGGUUGUAUGUAUUUUACCUGGUUGUGUGUGUGUUUUUGCAGGUUGUGUGUAUUUUACCUGGUUGAGUGUGUGUUUCUGCAGGUUGUGUGUAUUUAACCUGGUUGUGUGUGUUUCUGCAGGUUGUGUGUAUUUAACCUGGUUGUGUGUGUGUGUUUCUGUAGGUUGUGUGUAUUUAACCUGGUUGUGUGUGUGUGUUUCUGUAGGUUGUGUGUAUUUAACCUGGUUGUAUGUGUGUGUUUCUGUAGGUUGUGUGUAUUUAACCUGGUUGUGUGUGUGUUUCUGCAGGUUGUGUGUAUUUAACCUGGUUGUGUGUGUUUCUGCAGGUUGUGUGUAUUUAACCUGGUUGUGUGUGUGUUUUUGCAGGUUGUGUGUUUUUUUCCUGGUUGUGUGUGUUUUUUCAGUAGCCUGUGUGUAUUUAACCUGGUUGUGUGUGUUUCUGCAGGUUGUGUGUAUUUAUCCUGGUUGUGUGUGUGUUUUUCAGUAGCUUGUGUGUAUGUAACCUGGUUGAGUGUGUGUUUCUGCAGGUUGUGUGUAUUUAACCUGGUUGUGUGUGUUUCUGCAGGUUGUGUGUAUUUAACCGGGUUGUGUGUGUUUUUGCAGGUUGUGUGUUUUUUUCCUGGUUGUGUGUGUGUUUUUCAGUAGCCUGUGUGUAUUUAACCUGGUUGUGUGUGUUUCUGCAGGUUGUGUGUAUUUAUCCUGGUUGUGUGUGUGUUUUUCAGUAGCUUGUGUGUAUGUAACCUGGUUGUGUGUGUUUCUGUAGGUUGUGUGUAUUUAACCUGGUUGUGUGUGUGUUUUUCUGUAGGUUGUGUGUAUUUAACCUGGUUUUGUGUGUGUGUUUCUGUAGGUUGUGUGUAUUUAACCUGGUUGUGUGUGUUUCUGCAGGUUGGUGUAUUUAACCUGGUUGUGUGUGUUUCUGCAGGUUGUGUGUAUUUAACCUGGUUGUGUGUGUUUCUGCAGGUUGUGUGUAUUUAACCUGGUUUGUGUGUGUUUCUGUAGGUUGUGUGUAUUUAACCUGGUUGUGUGUGUUUCUGCAGGUUGUGUGUAUUUAACCUGGUUGUGUGUGUUUCUGCAGGUUGUGUGUAUUUAACCUGGUUGUGUGUGUUUCUGCAGGUUGUGUGUAUUUAACCUGGUUGUGUGUGUUUUCUGCAGGUUGUGUGUAUUUAACCUGGUUGUGUGUGUUUCUGCAGGUUGUGUGUAUUUAACCUGGUUGUGUGUGUUUCUGCAGGUUGUGUGUAUUUAACCUGGUUGUGUGUGUUUCUGCAGGUUGUGUGUAUUUAACCUGGUUGUGUGUGUUUCUGCAGGUUGUGUGUAUUUAACCUGGUUGUGUGUGUUUCUGCAGGUUGUGUGUAUUUAACCUGGUUGUGUGUGUUUCUGCAGGUUGUGUGUAUUUAACCUGGUUGUGUGUGUUUCUGCAGGUUGUGUGUAUUUAACCUGGUUGUGUGUGUUUCUGCAGGUUGUGUGUAUUUAACCUGGUUGUGUGUGUUUCUGCAGGUUGUGUGUAUUUAACCUGGUUGUGUGUGUUUCUGCUAGGUUGUGUGUAUUUAACCUGGUUGUGUGUGUGUUUCUGCAGGUUGUGUGUAUUUAACCUGGUUGUGUGUGUUUCUGCAGGUUGUGGGCCUCUACCGUCUAUGUGGUUCAGCGGCAGUAAAGAAGGAGCUUCGGGAGGCCUUUGAGAGGGACAGCCUGGGAGUGGAGCUCUGUGAAAACACCUACCCUGACAUCAACGUCAUCACAGGUAAUAUUACACUGCAAACAGCAUCAGAACCUCUGUCCUGUAACACCUGUUAAAACCUUUGCUGUGUGUGCCUUCAGAAAGUAUUUACACCACUUUAUUUUUCCACAUUUUGUUGUGUUACAGUCUGAAUUAAAAUUGAUUAAAUUUAGAUUUUUUGGUCACUGGCCUUCACGCAAUACCACAUAAUGUCAGUGGAUUAUUAUUUUUUAUUUUAUUUUUUAGAAAUUAAUAAAUAAUUAAAAUAUGAAAUGUCUUGAGUCAGUAAGUAUUCAAACCAUUUGUUAUGGCAAGCCUAAAUAAGUUAGAGUAAAAAUGUGCUUAAAAAGUAACAUAAAAAGUUGCAUGGACUCACUCUGUGUGCAAUAAUAGUGUUUAACAUGAUUUUUUAAUGACUACCUCGUCUCUGUACCCCACACAUACAAUUAUCUGUAAGGUCCCUCAGUCGAGCAGUGAAUUCCAAACACAGGAUUAACUACAAAGACCAGGGAGGUUUUUCAAUGCCACGCAAAGAAGGGCACCUAUUGUUAGAUGGGUAAAAAUAAAAAAGCAGACAUUGAAUAUCCCUUUAAGCAUGGGGAAGUUAUUAAUUACACUUUGGAUGGUGUAUCAAUACACCCAGUCAUUACAAAGAUACAGGUGUCUUUCCUAACCUAGUUGCCGAAGAGGAAGGAAACCGCUCAGGGAUUUCACCCCCACGGGGGACCAGUAUGAAAAAAUAAAAAAUAAUGUAUGCACUCACUUAACUGUAAGUCGCUCUGGAUAAGAGUGUCUGCUAAAUGACAUAAAUGUAAAUAGGAGAAAACUGAGGAUGGGUCAACAACAUUGUAGUUACUCCACAAUACUAACCUAAUUGACAGAGUGAAAAUAAGGAAGCCUGUACAGAAUCAAAAUAUUCCAAAACAUGCAUCCUGUUUGCAACAAGGCGCUAAAUUAAUGCUGCAAAAAAUGUGGCAAAGCAAUUCACAUUUUGUCCUGAAUACAAAGUGUUAUGUUUGGGGCAAAUCCAAUACAACACAUUACUGAGUACCACUUUCCAAAUGUUCAAUCAUAGAGGUGGCUGCAUCACAUUAUGGGUAUGCUUGUAAUCGUUAAGGACUGUGGAGUUUUUCAAGUUAGAAAAUAAUGGAGCUAAGUAAAAUCCUAGAGGAAAACCUGGUUCAGUCUGCUUUCCACCAGACACUGGGAGAUGAAUUCACCUUUCAGCAGAACAAUAACCUAAAACACAAGGCCAAAUCUACACUGGAGUUGCUUACCAAGGAGACAGUGAAUGUUGGCCGAGUUACAGUUUUGACUUAAAUCUGCUUGAAAAUCUAUGGAGGGACCUGAAAAUUGUUGUCUAGCAAUAUUUACAUUUACAUUUAGCAGACGCUCUUAUCCAGAGCGACUUACAUUAUUUAAUUUUUUUCAUACCCCCUGUGGGAAUCGAACCCACAACCCUGGCGUUGCAAACACCAUGCUCUAUCAACUGAGCUACAUCCCUGCCGGCCAUUCCCUCCCCUACCCUGGACGACGCUGGGCCAAUUGCGCGCCGCCCCAUGGGUCUCCCAGUCACGGCCGGCUACGACAGAGCCUGGAUUCGAACCAGGAUCUCUAGUGGCACAGCUAGCACUGCGAUGCAGUGCCUUAGACCACUGCGCCACGCAAUGAUCAACAACCAAUUUGACAGAGGUUGAAGGAUUUUGAAAUAAUAAUGUUGUACAAUCCAGGUGUGGUAAGCUCUUACCCAGAAAGACUCACAGCUGUAAUCGCUGCUAAAAGUGAUUCUAACAUGUAUUGACUCAGGGGGUUGAAUACGUUUCUAAUCAAGAUAUAUUCAAGUUUUAUUUUUCAUAUAUUUUUUAGAAAUGUUGACAUUACAGAGUAUUUUGUGUAGCUCGUUGACCAAAAAUGACAAUUCAAUCAAUUUUAAUCCCACUUUGUAACAAAACAAAAUGUGAAAAAGGUUAGGGGUAUGAAUGCUUUCUGAGGGCACUGUACACACGUCACACGAGUCUGUGCAUGUGUGUGUGCGUUUGCAUGUACGUGUGUGUGCGUGUGCAUGCAUGCAUGCUUACGUGCAUGUCUUUGUUUGUUGCAAAAGCAUUCCAGUCAGCAUACCAUCAGGAUGUGAGAGUGCCUGAGGGGAGAGCCCUCACAUCAGCCAACCAACCAUCCAGGACAACAUGCAUUUAGGUCAUUCCUUCAUUCCUCUCCUCCAGGUUUAGACAUGCCACACGCUCUGACCACCCCCGCUCUGACACACACACACACACACACACACACACACACACACACACACACACACACACACAGAGACUCCUGAACAUAACUCACACACUGAGCGUUACCAUUAUUUACACAUUUUUAAAAAACUAGCAGAGGACUGUAACCCAGUUUCACUCAUGCUCGAAGUACUGUAAUUCCUGGUUUCUAUCAGUGUCAGUGACAAACUAGGACAAAACUAUUUCACUGGCAAAAUAUGUGUGUCUGUUCUACCUGGACAUGUUGGGACUGGAGUCAAUGUCCAAUAUUCCCCUCAUUCAAUGCGUAUAUGAGUACGCUGCAGCCUGCAGAAGGAUGUUAGCCUGAUCAAAUUAGCUAAACAACCCCAAUGAUCUGUGAACUUCUAGAGCAUGCCUGCAAUGUCACUUCAGCUAACCAAUGAAUACAGAUUCCGGGAAUAGACAGGGGAGGGGCAACAGUUAAGAGAAAAAUACUAAAUAAAAAUACUUGCUCAUGGAUUCUUUUUUUCUUCUCCCACCGAAAAAGAGGAAGACCAUGGAAGCCCCUUGGCAUUGUGGGAGCUGCUGUUGGUUUUGGAAAGAGGCCCAUAUAGGCGUCCUCGUAUCAUGCCUGCUUUGAUCCAAAUGCAUUAGCAUGGCAGGGCAAAGAACACAGUUAACAGUUGAGCGGGUUAGAAAAAAAGGGCCAGCACCAGUGUGGAUUGUUGGUUUUUGCUUGCUGUCUAAAUUUACUCUGCCGAGUGUGUGGCUGUUGCAGAUGGGCUGAGGGAGUGGAGGGAGGGAGCGAGAGCGAGGGGGAAGGGUGGUUGUCCUGGGGUAGGCAGGGCUGGGCUUAAAGCAGUGAAAGAUAGAAGGGGGUGGGGUAUGGGGGUUGGUGGUUUGAGUGGAGUCAGGUCAGCCGGAAGGAGAGACAGAGAGGUUAGCUAAUAAGCAGGCCAAAUGGAUGAGCUAAGAGGAGGCGGCGAGGAUUGGUUGUCACCCGGCUAAUUUAAAAGGCAGAUGUAUUGAAAGGGAUUACCCUGUGUCAAAGUUCAAUCCAAAGCUUGCAAAACAUGUGAACUGUGUGGCCUUCCUUUGUUUCAAACCAUGAUCCCAGACAAAGGAAACAACUCCACAAAACAGCCUCAUCAUGAUUGUCUUGCUCUGAAUACAGAAUUGUUAUAGUAACGUACAUUAACUGAAUGUAGCCAAUGGCUCUUUUUGUCUCAGGCAGCAGAAUUUCUGAGUUCCAUUGUUUCUUGCGAUACAGUAUUUUUUUGGUACAGAUUGUUUUUGUAUUAACAUUACAAAGUGACUUGUCAGUACAUUCAGAAGUUGUAUGUAUGUUAACAUGGAUGACAACAGGAGUCUAGAUGGUGUAGGUCUCUACUGUAAUUGAAUCAGUGUUGACAGCUGGGAUGUGACUUAAAUCAAGAAGGAUGGUGGAGGGGGGCAGGAGCUCUCUCUCUUUAGCCCCCUUUGACUCAGGGACAUUCCUCCAGGGCUGGGGGGGGUUUGGCAGGACCCAGUGUCCACAGACCCGCCCCUCAGCCCCCCAGGCCCUUCGGUCAGGAGCACAGAUGGAGGGACAAGCAGCUCAUUUUAGUUUUAGUCACGGUGGUGUGUUUCAGUCACCGGCCAGGCAUUACUUCAGACUCCUCUGGUUCUGAUCUCAGAGAACGCCAUGCUUAACACAGAGAGGCAGUUGAGAGGCCGACUAGGUCAGUCACAGCAUCUGCCAUUUUUAAGUUAUUCUUGAAAUAUCAUAUAUUUAUAGUCUAUGUAACACAGCAAUGAGACUGUACGAGGAUCAUUGUAGCUUAAACUGAUGUUGUUGCUCCACCUGGUAGCUAUUGCAUGGACAGUGGACAGUUAUCUGAGAACCCCAUCUAUCAACCUUUUUCUUGGCAGGAAGCCAACACAACAAGAAGCCUCAGUGAUGUGUUUUAAAAGGAACAGAACAGAGCAAGGGUUGAUGGGAAAUCUGUGUAAUUUCCCUCCUCUCAGUGAAAGGGAAGAUAGUGUUUUGGGCUUAGUUAGAGUCAGUGCGUGUGAUGAGUUGCUAGUUGCUCCGACGAAGGUCAUCACAAAGUUUAGAAACGAAAAACUCUGAAAUUGCAUCUGAUUUAAGAGACUCCCUUUUCACUUGUUAGUUUGUUAACAAGGAUAAAGAGCCUAGUUUGCAGCCCAGCUAGCUUCCCUUCCAGUCCUCCAGUCCAGCCCUCCCCAUGCAGUGAAUACAUGGAAAGUCAUUAAUAGUGCCCCCUUUGAUGCCGAACACACACAGAUGGUAUUUGGCUAAGUGGACGCAUGGUGGCUUAGCUGAACUCUAUGCCGACCAGGAGGCAGGGAGGACCCGCCAUACAAACACAUACAGUCCUGGUCCAGUGUGAGUGGGUGGGUGUCAGAGAGAGAAGCGGGCAACACCAAGGACUGGGCAGGGCAAAGCAAUGCACCGCCCCCUGUCCUGUACACCCCCUCUGGCCCCCUCUCUACUGAUCUGGGGGUGUGAGGAGAAGGCAGGUGUUCGUAGGGGAGAACAAGCCCCUAUUUGUUCCUUUAGGGCGGCACCAACCGACGGCAGCAGUGACCUGUAGUUUUGUUUGAACAAGAGGUCAAAGGUGUUGGACCAUUGCAGUAUGGGUCUUGUAGUGUAUGGAUGCUGCAAAAGUCUACAAUGUCAGUUGUAAGAAACCGUAUUUGUAUGAGAUUUGCCCGUCAAUGACUAAACAUUUGACCAAAAACACAACACAUUUCUCUAGCAACUCAAAGUUAAUUUCUGCCACCAAUUCCCUUACAGUAAAAUCCCAAACCACCUUCCCUGAAAAACCCAAACACCUUCCCUGAACAACAACAGUCCUCCUCUCCAUGAUGUGUUUGUUGCCUGACACAUCACAGGCUGUGAAAAUAAAGGUAACACCUGCAGAGGAAAGCCACCUGUUCAACCCUGAGCAUGACCUUGCCUGGUGUGUGUGUGUGUGUGUGUGUGUGUGUGUGUGUGUGCAUGUGCGUGUCAGGCCCCAACAGGGGUUAAGGCACUCCAACGGCAGUGUAAACACAGAGCUGAGUCAUAGCAGGCUAAUAAUUUACCCCACACAUAAUGGCUGCAUUCUCUCUGCUCUGAGUCACUACACACACACGCACACACACAGUGGGACCAGUGUUUAUAUCAAAACUACUGCAGAAGGGAAAAUAGAGAAUAUUUGUGUGUAUUGAGUUAUGGGUGUGUUGUGUUCACACUUUGAGAGGUCAUUAAGGUGGUGGAAGUGAAAACCUAUAAACAUUAUUUGUGGUCAGUAGUAAAAAAAAUAGUUAUUUUCAUUGUCACAUUGCAUUUCAAAGUUGGUACUAGCACCAUGUUCUUCAGCGAUGGAAUAACUAGAUUAAACUGAAGUUGAUAAAUCUAUUUGUUUUCGUGAGGAUGUUCACAAACACUGCAUCUAUCUGUCUGGGAAAUCAGUGUGUCUAAGGAAGUAUUCAGAGAUCUACAAAGUAAAACCGAGUUACAUUUAUCUCUCCUUUAUCUGUCCUUAUCAAACACUGCACAUUCAGGGAGAGGGGGGAGGGAGAGAGAAGAAGAGAUAGUGAGAGAGAGAGAGAGAGAGAGAGAGAGAGGGGGGAUGAUGCUUUAAGUGCCUACUGUGAUUGCUUGACACAGCAGACUUAGUUGUUUUUUCAGUCAAAUAAAAUCUGCGGCACCGCCACGGCUGUUUGGUGUAGGAAUGCACAGACGGCAGACUCUCUCCUCUGCACUGCUAUGUUGAGGCAUGUUGGGUCUUGAGUACAGUUAUGGAGGGGGCUCAGACUCUGACUCCUGUUGUGAAAAACAGACCUGAGUUAGGCUCAGAGGAAGGGAAAGAAACGGUCACGCACCAUGAGUUUUAUGACAAUUUAUCUACUGUAGGGCAGGAGCGAUAUAGGAAGGAAAUCCUUUCUGACACAGCAAAAACUUUAAAGAACAUACAGUAUGUAUAAAUCUUUAACAUAGGCUCCCACAAUACAUAUUUUCUUCAGAUUAGUUUAGUAAAUUCCCACCCAGUGUAGUGGUUGUUGAUAGUCUUACCACAAGCCUGUAACUGUAUACUAUGCUCUUGCCAGUGUGUUUGAAGCUGGAAUCCUUCAUGUUGAAACAGCCACGUCGGUUUGUGAUAUUAUAACAACAAAGAAGUUACUGAAAACAACAGACACUGUUUUUUCACCUCGGACAUCAUUGCACGCGCUGAAUUUUCAACAGUGGACUGAAUCUACAUCACUCUGUCAACAGGACUGAAUCUACAUCACUCUGUCAACAGGACUGAAUCUACAUCACUCUGUCAACAGGACUGAAUCUACAUCACUCUGUCAACAGGACUGAAUCUACAUCACUCUGUCAACAGGACUGAAUCUACAUCACUCUGUCAACAGGACUGAAUCUACAUCACUCUGUCAACAGGACUGAAUCUACAUCACUCUGUCAACAGGACUGAAUCUACAUCACUCUGUCAACAGUGGACUGAAUCUACAUCACUCUGUCAACAGGACUGAAUCUACAUCACUCUGUCAACAGUGGACUGAAUCUACAUCACUCUGUCAACAGGACUGAAUCUACAUCACUCUGUCAACAGGACUGAAUCUACAUCACUCUGUCAACAGGACUGAAUCUACAUCACUCUGUCAACAGGACUGAAUCUACAUCACUCUGUCAACAGGACUGAAUCUACAUCACUCUGUCAACAGGAGUCCACCUACUGCAUUCCCGCCAGACCACAUGCUCUGGAAGGAGAAUAGAAUAGAAUAGUACUUUAUUAGUCCAUCUCUGGGGAGGAAAUGCUGGUUAUUCUAUACACUAAAAAGCAGCCUAAUCCCAGAUCCCCAGUUUGCCUUCAAUCUGCUCUUUGUUUCAUGCUUGUUUCUAUCUGGAUUAGUGGGUAGCAUGGAUAGAGAUUAUACCAGGCAGUCUGAAAUAGACUGGACAGCAUUGAGUUAAUGACUCCCUCUUCCUUAAGUGGACAACGGGAUUGGACAGGAUUAAAAAGUGAACAUUGAUUCAUGCUCUUAUUUCCCCUAUAAAGCUGUUAGGGAAGACUACUAGACCGUGAGUUGUAAUGAGGUAUGUUAGAAAUAAAAUAUGGGUAACAAUUUACAAGUUCUUCUUAUACCUGUGUAGUUAUACUGUAGUUAUACUCUGGAGAACUGUAAUUAAGUGUACUGAUUCCCGGGUUAUAUGCCAUGCUUAAUUGACUAAGCAGCUCUAUUUACAGUGGCUUAAUCUGGUUGUUAUUGUCAAUCUAGUCACAUAAAUGCGUCUGAACUGAAGUUGUCUUUAUAUGGUAAUGGUCCUGUAGUAGUUACUAACUGAAACAGCCUCAGUCUCUGUCUCCAAGUCACUGAGGACCCACUGACUGCCAAGCUCAAAGCUCUACUCUGAAAACCGAUAGCUAGUUACGCACAGAAAAAAUAUAAUAAUAACAAUCCAUUCCACCGCUAAGAAUUGACACGCUGCCAAGACUUCUUUCUUUAUUUCCAUAUUUGUCUGUUAUUUGUUCUCCUCGCCCUUCAUGAAAAUAAAAUACUUUUAGGGGGGCUUAGUGGAGAUAGACAGUGUGGGUUUGAUGUUUGCUCGCCUCUUUUGUCUGGGCCUGUUGGAGGCUGAAUGUAGCUGGGGAGUUACAGGUGUAAAAGUCCUCGCCAUCACAGAACCGAGACCCCCCCACUCCCUCUUCCACAUUCUCAGGCUGCCAUGUCACGCCCGAUUCCAAUCAGGCACCGCCCUAGACGCCCCCAGAACAGAGCCCACCACAACAAUGGGUCCUAAAAGCCUUGGCAGACAGCAGAGUGUGUGCCAGGCCCAGCCUGCUGUAUAA